AUGAGUCCUGGCAGUCUCGACUCGGCCAUGAAACCUGUAAGUGCUAACGAUAAGAUGAGUGCUGAGAUUUUGCAGGAAAGACAGCAAAGGCUAGCGAAAUGGAAGCAGAAGAAGGCCCAAUUUGACAAGGAGAAGAAGGACCAGUCUGUUGAACAGAUUACUAACAACGAUAGUAGUGAGGAUAAGGCUGCCGCAAGACGGCAGAAGCUUGAGGCGUGGAAAAGGAAGAAGAGAGAGCGGGACCACGAGCGUCUGAAGGAGAAGGCUAGCAGUGAAGAGUCCAAGAAACCUGCUGAACCGAACGCUAAAAGACGGAAGAGCAAGAAAGAUAAGAUAGCAUUUGACCUGAGUGAUGAAGAAACGGCAUCGUCAUCCGUGGAGCUAUACCGGCCAAACCAAGAUAGUCUGAAUGACAGGAGGACACAAUCGAGUGAGGAAAAGGCCUCCAGCAAUAAUGCAGAUUUGGCUGAUCCAUUAGAUGAAUAUAUGCAACGCAUUGCAAGCCUUUCUGCAGCUGAAAGCAGCUCUAGACAUAUGGCUGAUGAGUUUUUAGAGGAUAAGGAUGAUCCAUUGGAGACGAUCGGUGAAGAAAAUGACCUGGAAGAGCAGGACGAUGAUGGAGUCCGUUAUACGCGUAUUGCCAAGUUGAAAUCUAAGAAAAAGGUCAAAGAAGUUGAAUUUGCAAGGGAAGACUUAGAACCGUUUCGCAAGAACUUUUACCGGCAGUCAGAAGAGCUCACCUCCAUGUCAGAGAGUGAGGCUCAAGAGUUGCGUAUGGCUUUAGGCAAUAUCAAAAUCAAAGGUUCCGGCUGCCCUCUACCAGUGGCCAGGUGGUCUCAGUUGGGAUUAACGAGCGACGUUAUGAAUUUCAUCAUGCGAGAUCUGAAGUACGAACUUCCCACGCCAAUUCAGGCGCAAGCGAUUCCUGCAAUCAUGAGUGGGAGGGACGUUAUUGGAAUCUCGAAAACGGGAUCUGGUAAAACUAUAUCGUACUUACUUCCCCUCCUCAGGCAGAUAAAAGCGCAGCGUCCGCUUUCAGCCGACGAGACAGGUCCACUGGGCUUAAUCUUGGCACCGACAAGAGAGCUGGCUCAACAGAUAUAUGAAGAAGUGCUUCUUUUCACAAAGGGAGAUGAAGCGAUAAAUGCAGUGUGCUGCACUGGUGGAUCUGAGCUUAAACAGCAGAUCAACAGUCUGAAAAGGGGUGCUGAAGUAGUGGUUGCGACGCCUGGUAGAUUCAUUGAUUUACUCACCCUCAACAUGGGUAGGCUUUUGACGACUAAGCGAAUCACAUUUGUUGUGCUUGAUGAGGCAGAUAGAUUGUUUGAUUUGGGCUUUGAGCCGCAAAUUACUCAAAUAAUGGGGACUGUGAGACGGGACAAGCAAUGCGUUCUGUUCAGUGCUACUUUUCCAAAUAAACUCAAGAACUUUGCAAUGCGAGUGCUUAAUUCACCUAUUAGUAUAACAAUCAACUCUCAGAAUCUCGUUAAUGAAAAUGUUACUCAAAGAUUUCAAAUCUUUGCCAGUGACGACGAAAAAUAUCAGGCUCUUGUACGCAUCCUGGAUGAGCGAAUGAAGAACGAGGCUAAACUUGAUCCAAGUAGUGGUGUGGAAGAGCAAACUGAUGACAAAGCUAUAAUAUUCGUCUCCAGUCAACAAAUCUGCGACUUCUUGGGGAGAAAGCUAGAAAACGAGGGCCAUAUAAUCCAGUCAAUCCAUGCUGGGAAACCAUACCAACAAAGAAUCAAUAACCUGCAGAAGUUCAAGACAAUGCGAAAUAGUAUACUACUUUGCACAGAAGUUCUUUCUCGAGGACUGAAUGUGCCUGAGGUAUCAUUGGUGAUUAUUUACAACGCUGCCAAGACCUUUGCGCAAUAUGUGCAUACGACUGGUAGGACAGCCCGCGGAACGCACAGUGGCGAUGCCAUUACACUUUUGUUGAACAAUGAAAUAUCCUCAGCCUUUAUUCUGCGGAAGGCCUUACGCGAGCAAGAACUGCUACUUCAUGAUUCUAGUUCAGUACAAGAAUUACAGCGUAUGAGCGAGAAGUUCGAGAUGGGGAUAAAAAGUGGUAAAUAUAAAGUAUCUCAAGGAUUUGGCGGUAAAGGUCUCGAUAGUUUGGACUUAAAGAGAAAGUCUAAGGAGAGCGAGGAAAGACAAAGAUACGGAGAUGAGGAGGACGCUAAUGAGAUUCAGAGAAAAAGUGCAAAUACAACUGACGGCGGGAGGUCUGGUGAAGUCGAUUCCCUUAUACAAGUUCCCAAACUUCAGUACAGUAUUUCGCAGAUUUCCAACCCAGAUGGUGUGAUAUCCUUUGCAGCUGAAGUUAACGUGAACGACUUGCCACAGCUGGUGAGAUGGGAAGCUACUAAAAAUGAUACAUUGAUGUUCAUAAAGCACGAAACGGGCUGUAGUAUCACGAACAAAGGGAAGUUCUACCCAGAGGGCAAGGCUCCUCGUUCAGAGACUGAUGAACCCAAGUUAUAUCUGCUGAUAGAAUCGGCACAGGAGAAAGAUAUUAGGCUCAGUAUAGAACUGCUCGAGGGGAAAGUUAAAGAAGGUGUCAGGAAAGCGGGAAUCCAAUCUAUAAAGGAUACAAAGUACUAA